AUGAUUAUCCUCGGUGACAUCUUCACUGCAAUCACCCUCCUGUACUUUGCAAGACAAAGUAUACUUGCCCUUUACGAAUUGGUAAAGGAUGCCUUCUCAGCUAUCAAACGCUUCUUGCAGACCCUGCGAGAAUGGAAAUACCCACAGGCACCGUCGUCUCAAACCCCAUCCGACGUGCCUGCAUGUGUUCUGGUAGAAGAAUCAUCAUCUUCCCUUCAAGAAACCGGCCCCAGUUCACUUCUCGAUGCUGAUACUGAUCUUAAGGAGCACUGGGGACAUGAUUUGCAUCUCCCUUGGACUCCACAGGUGGUUGAGAUUACCGACUACACAGAGUCUUUCACUGUUUACCGUCGCAAGGAACCUUACCCAUCACGUCUACGCUCCUUCUUUUGCGGAAUCAUCGAUGCAGCUCGAGGACCUCGCAAGACUCCUCCAACAUACGCCAAUUUGAAGGAUGAACUAGCCGCAUGUGGCAUGGAGUGA